CGGAAGUAAUCCGCUUUCACGGAUGAUACGUUGAGGUUUUCCUCCAUUGUCAACAAAAUCAUCAGAUACGCGGUAAAUAAUAAGAAAUAACAGAGUUUACAGGUUAAAGGCUGAAGAUUCAGUCACUAUUUUGGUUAAAUAGACACAGUACAGGAGAUUGGUGUCAAGAUGAACGUGACUUUAGCUGUUAAGCAGUAUAUCACCAAAAUGAUAGAAAGCAGUGGACCAGGAAUGAAGGUUUUGCUCAUGGAUAAAGAAACUACCAGCAUCGUGAGUAUGGUUUACACACAAUCUGAGAUCCUGCAGAAGGAAGUCUAUCUGUUUGAGAGGAUUGAGUCACAAAACCGUGACAACAUGAAACAUCUGAAGGCCAUCUGCUUCCUGAGACCAACCAAGGAUAAUGUAGAAAAUCUGAUUCAGGAGCUGCGACGUCCCAAGUACAGCGUCUACUUUAUCUUUUUCAGUAAUGUCAUCAGUAAGAGCGAAGUAAAGGCCUUGGCAGAAGCUGAUGAGCAGGAGGUUGUUGCAGAGGUGCAGGAGUUCUAUGGAGACUUCAUUGCUGUGAAUCCUCAUCUAUUCUCCCUCAAUCUACAAGGAAUAUCCAGGGGUCGUAGCUGGGAUCCCAGCGUUCUUCCGCGUGUCACUCAAGGUUUGACCUCUGUGCUGUUGGCCUUAAAGAAGUGUCCUAUGAUUCGUUACCAGCUGUCCUCUGACAUGGCCAAGAGACUGGCUGAAAGUGUUAAGCACAUCAUCAGCAAGGAGUAUGAACUGUUUGACUUCAGGAAAACUGAAGUUUCCCCUCUUCUGCUGAUUCUGGAUCGAAGUGAUGAUGCGAUCACACCCCUCCUUAACCAGUGGACAUAUCAGGCAAUGGUUCAUGAGCUGCUUGGCCUCAACAACAACCGAAUAGAUUUGUCUCGAGUGCCUGGCAUUAAUAAAGACCUGAGAGAGGUGGUGCUGUCUGCAGAGAAUGAUGAAUUCUAUGCUAAUAACAUGUACCUGAACUUUGGUGAGAUUGGAACAAACAUUAAAAACUUGAUGGAGGACUUUCAGAAGAAAAAGCCAAAGGGCCAACAGAAACUAGAGUCUAUUACUGACAUGAAGGCGUUCGUGGAUAACUAUCCACAGUUUAAGAAGAUGUCAGGCACGGUAUCCAAGCAUGUGACGGUGGUGGGCGAGUUGUCACGACUAGUCAGCGAGAGGCAGUUAAUGGAGGUGUCUGAGGUGGAGCAGGAGCUUGCAUGCCAGAAUGAUCACUCUAACGCCCAGCAGAAUGUUCGACGUAUGCUGCAGAACCCACGUUUGGCGGAGAUCGAUGCGGUGCGUCUGGUGAUGCUUUAUGCUCUGCGCUAUGAGAGACACAGCAGCAGCAUCCUGCCUAGUCUUAUGGACGAUCUAAACAGGAGAGGUGUGUCUGAAAAAUACCGCAAGAUGGUACAAGCUGUAAUCGAGUAUGGAGGCAAACGGGUCAGAGGAAGUGAUCUCAUUACUCCUACAGAUGCUGUGGCCAUCACCAAACAGUUUUUCAAAGGACUCAAGGGUGUUGAGAAUGUCUAUACCCAGCACCAGCCUUUGCUGCAUGACACACUGGAUCAACUAAUUAAAGGUCGUUUGAAGGACAGUCAGUUCCCCUACCUCGGGCCGAGUUCUCUGCGGGACAGACCACAGGACAUCAUUGUGUUUAUUAUUGGUGGAGCCACAUAUGAAGAAGCACUGACUGUGUACAACCUGAACCGCACCAUGCCAGGUGUUCGCAUUGUGCUUGGAGGAACAAACAUUCACAACACUAAGAGCUUCCUGGAAGAUGUGACAUCAGCAGUUGGCUUGAGUCAUGGAGGAGACAGGGGGUCACACAGAGUCUCCGUGCAUCCACCAACCAGGCGCUGAACGCUCCUCAGUAGUUCUCUUAAUAAAUAUAAACUGUGCUGUGUGUGCUCAGAGCUGAAAGCUACUUUCAUGUUUCCAUCUCACUUGUCUCAGACAUUCCUCUCUCCGGUGUCCAGAAUAUACCUUAUUGUGAGUCAGAGAAAGAACUGAAAUGAUUUCUUGUGUCCAAAACAAAAGGUGUGUGUUUGUACAUGUGAUGGAUCAGUGAUGUUUAGUAGUAAUCACUAUGACAGCACUACAACAAGAACACUGUCAGCUCCUCCCAAGACGUGACUGUACAGCCUGUAUGUAUAUCGUGUCUGAUCUGAAUGUAAAUAAGGUAGAUACCCAUGUUCUUCCACUGAAACUAAAAUAAGAGGCAUCUACUGUAUAGUCAGACUGUCUUUUAAUAUUUGAACUACAAAUAUAUUACAUUAAUGUUUCUAAUGCCCAUGUGUACAGAGAUACAUUUUUUCCCCUUCUGAUUUAAAAAGAUAGUUGUGUGUGUAUAUAUCAUGCUGCUGUAAUUAAAUAAUAAUAAAAAAAAAUUCUUCCUGUAAUUGUAUAAUGGUUAUAUACACUCACUGUACAUUUUAAUAGAAACACUUGCAGUUAUACAAUCAUAUAAAUGUGUGGCAGCAGUGUAAUAUGUGAAAUCGUGCAGAUUAUGAGUUGUGAUCUCUGUGACUUUAACUGUGGUCUGGUUGUUGGUACCAGAUGGGCUGGUUUGAGUAAAUAAAUUGCUGAGCUCUUGCUAUUUUCACACACAACAGUCUCUAGAGGUUACACAGAAAGGUAGUACAAAUUAUAUAUUAUAUAAAGUAUCUUAAAUACAUUAUAAUGCUUAUGUUUUUUUUAUUACACAUGAUCGUUCAGUGAUGACUGAAUGGACACAUGGGCAUUUGCAUUUAAUGUAAUGUAUGGUUAUGAAAACAGAUUGUUUUUGUCUAUUUUGAAUCACAUAUGGGUUUAAUGUAACUGUCCUGUGUGGCUCUUUUUCUUUAUGAUUUCUCUUUGCAGUUGUACAGUGUGACAUACUUUAAGAUAUCCUGAAGGAUGACUAUUUUAAUUAUAAAUUAAGUUUAAUAAAUGAAAAUGACAGUAUUGGUAAUCACUGAACUUGUGUAAGAUUGUUCCUAUGAUUAAAAAAAAAAAUUAAAAUA